CCUAAUAGUGAAACAUAGAAUACUUUACCUGCUAUUGUAUUAUUCUGUUUCUUAUAUUUUUUACUUAACAAAUUCACAUUUUAUAUAUUAGGUGUAAGUUUAUUUUUCUAAUGCAGUUUGAAAUUAUAAUGCUCUAACGUAUAUAUUGAAUUUUUGAGUAUGUGGCAUUUGUUCUCAGUGAAUUAAUUGAAAGCCGUGAUGGUAAUUUGUUUGUAAUUCUGCUACAGAGGUUAUCUGAUACAACAGGUUUCUAAUCAAAAUGCUAACUCCACGUUUUAAAUUAACUCAAGACGACAAUCACAUUUACAUUUGCGUUCAUGCGCCGUAUACUAAUAUUGGAGAUACCGAAAUCGAUGUUGAUGGCCAUAAUUUCCUGUUUGUCUCAAGUCCUUACUUCUUACGGCUCCGGCUUCCAGGUAGGAUUAUAGACAAUGAUCGCUCCAAAGGUUCUUACAUUUGCGAUUCCGGUGAUUUCAACUUAACCUUCGAUAAAGAGAUUCCUGGAGAAUAUUUUGAAAACUUGGACAUGAUAACAAGUCUUUUAGCCCCUCGUGACAUACCAGAUGUAAACCCUAGUUUGGUAGAAAUGCUUGAAGAAGAUGGAAUAACAUUUGAUGACAAUGAUAACAAGGAUAUUGGCGAUAAAUUCAGCUAUGGUUUUGCUAAUAAAGUAACUAAAGACUUUCUUGAUAUAGGGUCAGAAUUUCCUCAGAUAUUUGAGUUGCAUAUUCCUGAGAGAGUUGCGGUUGAUGAACGCCAUACCUUAAGAAUAGAACAUGAAGACAGUAAGUUCUCAUCAGAUCAUUAUUUAGCGGAUUAUUUUGAUGAUGAGCUCCUGGCACCUUAUUUAUCUUCAACUACUUUUUGGGACUCUCCAGACUUUAAUUCUUUAGACUUUACUGAUGAGGAAGUUGGUGUAUUGAAAGAAUUGCCAAAUAAAAAUUAUUUGUUAAGUCAAAAUGAAUAUAAGCAAGUGCUGUAUGGUCUUGUAGAUAUACUGUAUGGAUAUUGUUAUGAUAAGAGAACAACACUAAAUGAAAGCACUGUAGAAUCCAGUUGGACCAUAAAUAAAUUGUCAUCAACAUUGAGUUGGUUUUGUGCAUUCAAUAAUAUAAAGGAGACCCUAGUAACCUGUUACAGAAGGGCAUUAAUUUAUCCCAUAUUUCGUAACUUUGAAUUAUGUGAUAAAGUCAAACAUGAUUUAGUAACAUUACUUAGGAAAGGAAAGAAAUUUGUAAUUAAAUGCAUUAUUGAUAUUUACCAAAUGUUUAACACGAGCAAUGAUGCUCGAUAUGUAUUAAAUCAAUUGUACAUAAAAGACUAUUUAAUAUUCCUUCAAAAAUGUCACAAUGAGGAAAUUGAUGAAUUAUCUAAUAACAUAGCCAAUAUAGAAAUUACAAAAAAUGAUUUAAAUUUAGAAUUGGAUGAAUUAGAAUCUGCAGGUAAAAUGGUUCAACAGGAGGAAAAUGAAAUAAUGGAGAAUGAGAUGGCACUGAAGUUAGAAUCAAUGUCUUUAUUACCAAAAAGAAACAAAUAUAUUGUAAAAAGUGAAUGUGAUUCGGAUUCUAGUAGUGGAACAUUUGAUUCUAGUAGUGAUACUACCGAUUCUAGUAGCGGUUCUACUGACUCAUCGGACGAGUCUUCUGAUGAGCUGGAUUCUGAUGAUGAUCCAUUAUAACAGUUUCAUUUAUAGUGUUCAAGUAAAGGCUUGUAAUUAUUUACGUAUUUAGAAAAGCUCUAAUAGAUAUCAAUUGUAUUCUGAGUUAUAUUACAUUUACAGGCUAUAUGUGAUGGCUCAUAAUAGAAUCUUAAAUCCUGAGGUAUAUGAUACUUUUUAAGAAUUAAUCUAUAAAAAGGUAAAAUGAAGUGAUUAGUUAUAGUCACUAGCAAAUAAUUAGUGAUAAAAACAUAAUGAAAAUGUAACAUUGUGAUGCCACUGUGUUUUCUAGUUAAUAUGGGCUUGGCAUUUAAAUACAUCUAUCAUAGAU